AUGUCCAGAUUACAACGACAGCAGAAAGUCAUUCAGGCAUGUAACAGUUGUAUACAACGAGCUCAAUGCACAUUACCUGGUCCACAUAAAGACAAAUCCUACUCUCCAAAGAUCCGAAACCUUGUGGAAAACAUCAGUAAGCUGACUUUACUUGAAGUAGCAGAACAAAAUGAACUAUUGAAGGUAAUCUUAAAUGAAAUUCAAGAUGCUCCAAUUAUGUCAAUGGCUUAUGCAGUUAUCAUCGUCUAUUUCCAAGGUUACAGAAAUCUAGUGUUUAAAACUCAACAUUUACAGACAUCAAUUGAUGUUAAAAUAAAGGUAUUUGAUGCUGGUAAAAAGAUUGCACUUAUUAAAGAGAUCAAGAGUAUUUGUGGCCUCAACUUAGUACAGCAUCUUACAAUUGGUUAUUGUCGAAUGUAUUUCUUUGGUCAAAGAGUUAAAAAAAUGAAGGAAGCUUUGGAGGCUGUCGGAGAAUCUGUGGAUGUAGAGAAACUAAGCGGGCUGAUGAUAAACAUCGAUUCAUUCUUAUAUGAAGUUUGA